AAUGGAGUCGAAGGUCUCCGAAGGUGGCCUGAACGUUACCCUCACGAUCCGGCUGCUGAUGCAUGGCAAGGAAGUUGGGAGCAUCAUUGGAAAGAAAGGAGAGACCGUGAAGAAAAUGCGUGAGGAGAGCGGGGCAAGAAUCAACAUCUCAGAGGGGAACUGCCCAGAGCGAAUUGUGACCAUCACAGGCCCUACUGAUGCCAUCUUCAAGGCUUUCGCCAUGAUCGCUUACAAAUUUGAGGAGGACAUAACCAACUCAAUGAGCAACAGCACUGCUACCAGUAAACCUCCGGUGACGCUGAGACUGGUCGUGCCAGCUAGCCAGUGUGGCUCACUGAUCGGCAAAGGAGGCUCCAAGAUUAAGGAAAUCAGGGAGUCCACAGGUGCUCAGGUUCAAGUGGCGGGGGACAUGCUGCCCAACUCCACGGAGCGGGCGGUGACAAUCUCGGGGACACCCGACGCAAUUAUCCAGUGUGUCAAACAGAUCUGUGUGGUGAUGCUGGAGUCCCCACCAAAAGGUGCCACCAUUCCCUACCGCCCAAAGCCCGCCUCCACCCCUGUCAUUUUUGCAGGUGGUCAGGCCUAUACAAUUCAGGGACAAUACGCUAUUCCACACCCGGAUCAGUUGACCAAGCUCCACCAGUUGGCUAUGCAGCAAACCCCCUUUACUCCCCUUGGACAGACCACCCCCGCUUUCCCUGGAGAAAAGCUGCCCUUACAUUCCUCCGAAGAAGCUCAAAAUCUGAUGGGCCAAUCAUCAGGUUUGGAUGCCAGUCCCCCGGCCAGUACUCAUGAACUCACCAUUCCCAAUGAUCUAAUAGGCUGCAUAAUUGGACGCCAAGGGACCAAAAUCAAUGAAAUUCGACAGAUGUCUGGAGCGCAGAUCAAAAUCGCCAAUGCCACGGAAGGAUCAUCAGAACGCCAAAUUACCAUCACAGGAACCCCUGCAAACAUCAGCCUCGCUCAAUACCUCAUCAACGCCAGGCUGACGUCUGAGGUCACUGGAAUGGGCGCACUCUAA